AUGUUUGAUUACAAAGUGUUGUUCUUCCUUACACAGAUCCAGGAGAUGGUCCACUCGGACGCCGCGUCCUACGAGUCCAACCGACAAGUGCCGCUGCUGAACCGUCCCGCCAUGCUGGCUGGCCCCAUGGGUGCCCUCAGCCAGUCACAGCUCAUUUCACAGAUGGGGAUGCGCAGUGCUGUCACCCAUGGCUCCCCAUCACCCCCGGGGAGCAAGUCUGCUACACCAUCUCCCUCCAGCUCUACUCAGGAAGAGGAGACAGAGUCACACUAUAAGGUCACCGGAGAGAAAAGGCCAUCAACAGACCUGGAAAAGCCCAAAAGCCAAAAGAAGAAGAAAAAGAAGGAUCCCAAUGAGCCUCAGAAGCCCGUGUCAGCGUAUGCCCUGUUUUUCAGAGACACACAAGCUGCUAUCAAAGGGCAAAACCCCAAUGCUACCUUUGGAGACGUAUCAAAAAUUGUUGCAUCUAUGUGGGACGGCUUGGGAGAAGAACAAAAGCAAGCAUACAAGAGGAAAACAGAAGCUGCCAAGAAGGAGUAUCUGAAAGCCCUGGCUGCAUACCGGGCCAGCCUGGUCUCCAAGAGCUCUGCUGACCAGGGGGAGACGAAAAGUGCCCAAACCAACCCACCUUCCAAGAUGAUCCCACCCAAGCAGACCAUGUACCCUAUGCCACCGCAGGCUUCGUCGCCCUACCCCGGCCUGGGCUCCUUCCUGUCCCCAUCGGACCUCCAGAGCUACCGUGGCCACCCCAGCCUCCCCAGGACCCUGCCCUCCAAGCCCAUGCUGCCCAGCAUCAGUGCCUCCCCACCACCCGCCUUCCAGAUCAGCCCUCCCCUGCACCAGCAGCUCUCCUUGCACCACCCGCAGAGCUCCCUCCUCAGCCAGCCCAUCAGCAUGCAGCAGGUCCCCCAGCAGCCCCUCCUGUCCCCCCCGAUGGCACUACAGGUACAGCCUCCCAUGAACUCCUCACCUCCUGGGCAGCAGGACUUCUCACAUAUCUCCUCUGAGUUUCCAAACAGCGUUGGACCCCGUUCGCCUGGUGCAUCAAAUCCUCCAGGAAGCACUGAGUGGGACAAUGACUACCCCAGCAGAGAGUGUGGCAUUAACCACUGCAGCAUGCUGCCAAGGGACAAGGCACUCUACCUCACCUAAGGCUCACCAUCUGCCCCAGGAGGCUCAGAUGAAGGACACUUGGGAGGGUCUAUCUUACAGACAACGUGGCGAGGCUCCGAGCAAGUCGUACUGCCAAGAGAGCAACCUCUGCACCUCGUCGCUGGCUUCGUCCCCAGGCUCUAAGAGCAGUUUUCUCUGAUUGCUUUUGAACUCUAAAGUCUACUUUCCGUGGAAGACCAGAACCUCUUUAAUCACAAAGAACAACAACAACAAAAAAGAAAAUAAUAUAAAAAAAUAAAUAAACACAAAACCAACAAAAAAAAAAAAGAA